UCUAAGUUUCAGUAUUAGGUUGCAGUUUAGUGAGGAUUCAGUCMCGCUUAACUCUAGAUCCACAAAGAACCGCGAAKUYAGAAUAGAAACACAAGUAUGGCUGACGUGAAAAAAAGGACAAGUCGAUAUGAGUUUGACGAUGUAUUCAGCAUUAUACGGACAAUGGGUCCGUACCAAAUUCUCCUGUACUUUUGGGUGUGUUAUACGCAGACCCCCAUGGGUAUUCAGUUUGCACAUUCCCUGUUUGCAUUUGGGACUCCUCAGUUUCAUUGUACCGACAUAAACUCGACGUGCCCUCCAAACAAGUGCUGUCAUAACUGUUCAGAUUAUGAGUUUGACGGUCCUUUCACAAGUACCGUGUCUGAGUGGAAUCUCCUAUGUGACCGUGCAUAUCUUGGUGCAGCUAUUCAAUCGAGUUACUUUGCAGGCAUGCURAUUGGAUCAAUUGUCAGUGGUUGGGUGGCUGACACGUACGGAAGGAAGCUAUCCAUGUGCAUUAGCCUUGGAAUUAUGAUUUUGUUUGGGUUCACGUCAUCUUUUGCCAACUCRAUUCCAUUGAUGAUCUUUCUUCGUUUCGGCGUUGGUCUUUCCCUGGCUGGUUGUAUGUUGACUCAGUUUGUUUACAUCGUCGAYGUUGUUGGUCCUAACAAACGUACCCACGCUGGUAAAGGACAGGGAAUUUUUUGGAAGAUUGGUUCGUGGGUAGCUGUAAUGAUAGCAUACUUUCUUCGUGACUGGAGGAAGAACGUCUUGGUAGGCAGUCUUCCUGGGUUUCUGUUUUUCAUCUUUAUCUGGAAGUUUCCAGAAACGGCGCGAUGGCUUCUUGCUCAUGAUAAAGUUGACGAAGCUCAUUCAGUUCUAGUCAAAUGCGGGCCAAAGAAAAAUCAAAAGCUUGACGAAAAUGAGCUGCGAGAGUUAAUGGAAGAAAUUCGCAGAGACGAGAAACMCAAUCUUGCMGAGAAUGUCAAUAAAAAGACAACACCAUUAGAUUUACUGAAAACACCAAAACUAAGAAAAUGGACYAUAAUUGUCUGUUUGAACUGGUUCGUGGUUGCUCUAGUAUACUUUGGAUUUGAUCUCUAUACCACACAGCUAGAGGGAAGCAUCUAUUUGAAUUAUUUCUUGAUGAACCUCAUCGAUAUACCAGUCGUGUUUGUGGUGUGGUACACUUUCCUAAAAUUUGGUAGGAGGAUUCCAUUCUGUGUUUACAUGUUGAUGGUUGGGACGUUCUCAUUCAUUAUCUUGGCUCUUCCUAAAGAGUACUCCAAUACUAUUCGAGCUCUAGCUAUCCUUGGACGCUCUGUCGUUUGGUCAGAAUUCAACAACAUUUAUUUGAUGACCACUGAAUUAUACCCAACUGUCGUCAGGAAUACGGCAAUGGGACUUGGCUCAAUGACAGCCCGUGUUGGAGCUAUUCUCUCUCCAUUCAUCGUCAUGGUGGCUCAGCUACCAGGCCUUAGCAUCACUCUCCCUGUUACCAUAUUUGGAAUACUGGCAUUGAUAUCAGGGAUAGCAACCCUUUGGCUACCAGAAACUAUUUACGCCAACAUGCACCAAACCAUUGAAGAGGCAGAAUCAGCCAAGGAAGACUUUAGCAUUCCUUGCUGCAUGAAGAGAGAWCCAAUACCAAGAACAUUGGUCGAAAAAGUCGAUAUGGAAGAAGUUCCUCAAGACGAAGAUGCAGAAACGUCGGAUAUGUUGCACAAAUGAGACAUUSCAAAAAAAUGCAUGCAUUUUUUUAUUUUUAUGAUAACCUGAAAGACGCGUUUACACAAGUGUAUCAUAAACAUUUUUUAUAUUUUUUCAAUCAAUCAAUCAAUCAAUCAAUCAAUCAAUCAAUCAAUCAAUCAAUCAAUCAAUCAAUCAAUCAAUCAAUCAAACUUCGAUUCAACUACUAUAUUGCUUAAUCAUUUGAUUAUAUCUUAUACAUUAAAAGUGAUUGUGAAUAUCUGUGAAUAAACACAAUUGCACUGGAAAUAAAAAGCAACUUUCUUUAUAUGUGACGUUACAUGGCAUCCAGGCAAACUUCUGUGCAACAUCUUUGAUAAAAGGCUGAUUCAUGGCACCUUUCGGGCUAGCUGUGGCAAACAUACUGCCUUGUGACGUACGGCCCUGUGACGUGGCAAACGGAAGUCCAAAACUCUACCACACUCAUAGCAUGUCAUAGUAGCCUUCAUAAAACUUAUACUUGGGCGAACCUGUGGGUAGCACGAGUAAUUAAAAAGCAAUUUGA